CCUCUUCGAUCAAUGUCUCUACAAGAAUCGUUCUAAAGCACGGGAAAAGACUGCUCGUUCCCCUCGAAUUAUCUUCAGUUCGGUCUUCGAUAUAAGUUUAUACCUAGGUAACCUCUUUUCAUGGCGGGACCCGACUCCCACGAGCCUCGAAAGACGAGGUGAAUCCUCAGUCUAGCACAUUCACCACCAGCUCCCCAGAAGAUCUUCCAGUAUGGGCAAGGCGGAGGAAUUCGAGACUGGCCAUCAUGACCGUGUCACUGUCCUGCACACCAACUUCAAUGGCACAAGAAUCCUCACAGCAUCAAUCGACCACCGAAUAAAAGUCUGGCAGCGUGACCCUAAGACUGGCGAGCGUACAUUACUCGACACUUUCACCGCUCACGACGCCGACAUACGCGAUGCGAAAUUCCUCCACCCAACAACAGGCUCCCACAUAGCCAGCAUAGGCAACGACCUCAAAUUCCACCUCUGGACCGAAGACGUCUCCCAAGCCCCCAACACAGGCCGUCGCUUCCGGCGCAUCGCCACCAUCCAAUCCACCCCCCGCAUCCCCUUUGUGUCCAUGGAUCUCAAGACCGUUGACAACAUCUACACGACAUUGGCCCUAAUCGACCGCCAAGGCCUGCUGAGCAUCUACGAACCCAACGCGCCCGACGACUUCAAAGACUGGACAUUAAUCGACAUCUUCAACGUCUGCGGUUCCACCAAUCCUCCCGGCCGAGGCGACGAAACCAGCUUCAAAGUUCGCUUCGACCAAAACCCGACGCCGCUAGCGUACAUCAACAGCUUAAGCGACGACCGGAGCCAACUAAGCCUCGUGGUCUCCGUGCUCCACGAGGUCAAAAUCUACCGUUCAGUCGUCGGUGGCGGCGACUACAUGUCCAGCGACGGCGCGAGCCACCGCCUCAUGUUCUACGAGGCCGCUAAGAUCCCGCGCCAUCCAGCACUUGUGCGAGACGUACAGUGGGCGCCGUUCAGCGUGCGUGGCACAGACCGUAUAGCGACGGCGUGUAAAGACGGCGCCGUAAGGAUCUUUGAACUUGCAGUUGCACCGGCGCCGAACAUCCCCGACAGUACAGGCGGAGCGACGACAGCCAGAAAUACUGUCCCGCAGCGACAGCAACAGCAGCAACAACAGUCCAGCCUAACGUCCGGUCUGACUGGUCGAACAAACACAAACACAAGCACGAAUACAUCAGCUGCAACGACAGCACAGCCACCGCCAUCCACACCCUCGCGAGCCGCCCGUACGGGCCACGCAUUCCCUUUUGUCACGACGAUACAGUCGACGAGCAGCUUACCCCACGCCCACACAGAUGCAUGGUCGCUCUCUUUUGACGGCCAAGGCCAAGUCCUGAUGAGCAAUGGCUCGGAUGGCGUGACCAAGCUUUGGCGCAAAAGCGUCCUGGGCGGACAGUGGUUAGUUUUCGCCGGACAGGAAGUCCUUGAUGCCGGCGAAGAGACGGAUGGUGAUGAGAUGGAUGAUGAGCGCGGUGGUGAUAGUGAUUGAACCAUCAGUGACGUAGUACUUGAUGCGGUCUGAGCAGGGCACGAGUAAUGUGCAAGGCACACCACCCCUCAUGAUAUAAAGCCCUGUCGCAUAGCCAGCCGAGACGGCCACACGAAAUAUAGAAGAAUUGAGUAAUCGA